AUGUCUGAACUUGAUUCCUCUACCCAAUUGCGCAGUGCGGUACUGCACCGAGAUACCCACUUCAUUCCCAAAAAAGCCAUCGGUGGAAAAGGAAGCUACAUCUUUCUAGAAGAUGGUACAAAGUUCCUUGAUUCGACUGGUGGUGCCGCCGUCUCAUGCCUAGGACACGGCCACGAAGAAGUUCAGCAAGCCAUCAAAGACCAGAUCGAUCAGAUCUCCUACUGCCACUCCGCAUUCUUUGGAACUAAUGUCACAGAAGAGCUAGCUCAAGUGCUAGUUGAUUCUACCGGAGGAAAACUCUCAAAGUUAUUUGUAGUCAGCUCUGGAUCUGAGGCCGUUGAAGCUGCUUUGAAAUUAGCUCGCCAAUAUUUUCUCGAGCUACCUACCGCUCAACCCGAUCGAACUAGAUUCAUUGCUCGCCUGCCUUCUUAUCAUGGCACUACUCUCGGUGCUCUUGGCGUCGGUGGACAUGUCAUUCGAAGAGAACCAUUCGAGCCACUUCUAGCGAAGAACACAUCUCACGUAUCUCCGUGCUACGCAUACCGUGGUAAGAAGGAGGGUGAAUCCGACGCCGACUAUGUCGCCCGUCUUGCUGCCGAACUGGAUGCCGAAUUCCAGCGAGUGGGCCCAGAGACAGUGUGUGCCUUUAUUGCAGAGCCAGUUGUUGGCGCGGCUCUUGGUUGUGUUCCUGCUGUGCCAGGAUACUUCCCAGCAAUGAAGGCUGUUUGCAAGAAGUAUGGCGCUCUAUUCAUUCUCGACGAAGUCAUGAGUGGUAUGGGUAGAUGCGGAACUCUCCAUGCUUGGGAACAAGAAGAUGUAGUUCCUGACAUCCAGACCAUUGGAAAGGGUCUGGGAGGUGGCUAUGCCCCCGUUUCCGGGAUCCUGAUCAAGGAUUCAAUUGUGGAGACACUGGAUAAGGGGACAGGUAUGUUUCGCCAUGGUCAAACCUAUCAAGGACAUCCGAUUUCAUGCGCUGCUGCAUUGGCCGUGCAAAAGGUUAUCAAGGAGCAGUCACUUUUGGAGAAUGUGCGUAAUAUGGGCGCCUAUAUGGAGCAACAGCUGCGUGAGCAUCUCGGGAAUCAUCCGUAUGUUGGAGAUAUUCGGGGCAAAGGAUUAUUUUGGGGGAUUGAGUUUGUCAAGGAUAAGAAGACCAAGGAGCCAUUCGACACAAAAACACGCCUCUCUUUCCUGAUCCAGGAAAAGGCUUUACAACCGGAAUUUGCUAUUUCGUUGUACGGAAGUCCAGGAACUGCGGAUGGUGUUCGUGGUGAUCACAUCAUCUUAGCACCACCUUACAUUGUCUCCAAAGAGGAGAUUGAUAUCAUUGUUGAUGUUACUGUCAAGGUUCUUGAUGAAGUUUUCAAGGGGUUGGAACUAUAA